AUGGCGACCGCUUCUGAAACCACCGAACCCGUCGAACGACGUCGCGCCCAUGCCUGCAAGAUCUGCCAGAGAGCCUUUAUCCGCGCGGAACAUCUCCAGCGUCACUUACUCUCACAUAAAAACUCCAAACCCAAUAAGUGCAAGGCUUGCGAUGCACGGUUCGCCCGCUCUGAUGUCUUACGCCGCCAUACGAGGAAAUGCGCACCCUACAUUCGAAUGGUUGAAGCCGCAGAAGGAGUGAAUGGCGAUACAGCCACCGACACCGUGACUGUUGGGAGGUACCCGCAACCCCAAAACGCACAGAAUACUGAGCCACAGCGCUGUAGCCCUCCCGGGCAAGAUCGCAUGCAACAUGAGCAGACCGGUGCGGCGGACACCAGCAAUUCUAGAAGCACCGCCAGCACAGUCACACAUGGUAGCUCGAGUCGUCAAACUAUGGAUCAGAUGCAGUUCGUUAACGGAAUGCCGAACAACAUUUGCAAUCGGGCCGACACUCUCGACUCCUCUCAAUUCAAUGUGUCCAUAUCAGGUGCACAUCUGAUGCGUUUCGAUUCCGCUAGAGCUUCGACCAAUUCUUUCAUCAACUCGACCACCCCAGCAAUUCCCGACGUGAGCAAUCUCGAUUCUUGGGCACUAGCACUGUCGUCCAGCGAUGCGAAUCAAGGCCCAGACACAAGGACGAACAACUCGAGGCUGACUGGCUUUGUCGAUAACCAUCAGCAGCCUACUCCAUCAUCCGGCUCAGCACAGUUCUAUUCAGGAGCUUCUGCGUUUGAAGAAACAGCUGUCCAGUGCAUGGCGAUGCCAGAACUGCCCAAUGCAAUGUUUGAUGACGACCUAACGUUUCUGGAAGACAUUCUCCUGCCGGAAUUCAUUUUCAAUGCCACUGGACCUACCACCCCGAUCCCCGGGGAUUUCAACUCGACAAAUGGUCCAUCUGUUCCUACGAGGAAUGAAGCUGAUAUCUCCGAGCCUCGCCUGUUCUCACCAAGUCUACCGUAUCCAUUCGAGAGAUCCACGGACGACGCUCGUCCUUAUGUUCUCAACAUCAGCUCUGGAGAUGUAGAUCAGUUUCAGAAAAGCAUCCUGGACAAUGCACAGCUGAACAACUUCCCCUUUCCAAAGCGAUCCCGCAUAUUACGCUGCCUUUCUGCCUUCUUCGAUAGCGUGGACCCGCAUGUGCCGAUUGUUCAUCAUGCGACUUUCAGCUUGUCUAGUACGGCCCCAGCAUUGGUUCUCGCAAUGCUUGCAUUGGGGGCUACCAUUACACGUGAAUACGCAUUUGCCGAGUCGGCAUAUGAGGCGUCAUGCAGUCUGCUAAACCACCAGAUUGAGCAAGACAGUCACAUACCUUCAUCCUUCGAAUUCUGGCCGAUCCAGGCACUGUUGCUCUGUGCACAUUUUGGGGCUUUCAACAACAACAAGGCAUUUGCCCUACGCUCUCAAGCCCAACUCAGCAAAGUCUCAAUGAUGUUGAAGUUGGGUCUGAAUGAUUUACUUGCAAAACGGGUGGAGCCCAGACAGGAUUGGAAAACAUGGUCAUUUAUCGAGACUUUCAGCCGUCUAGCAUCUUGGAACUGUACGAUCAGCGCCAUUCUUCUCUCGUAUGACCAAAGUUUUCAGACGAGUACUCAACAUCACUUGCAGCAUGUGCUAUUACCACUCGACGAAGAUCUCUGGAGGGCUCGAUCCGCACAAGAAUGGUCUGCCCUGGGCGGAGCUUCUCACCAACAUAGCAAUAUCAGCUUUCUCACAUUUGCUGAGUCGCUGUUCCAGGGGGAACCAAUUCUCCAAAAAGUGAGCUGUUUCGGCUUGUUCUCACUCGUUGGAUGGAUCCUCCUGUAUAUAUGCAAUCACGAGAGGAUGAAAAUGUCAGUAGGAUGCUUAGAGAUAUUCGAGACUGAUUUCACGAGCAAAAUCGACAAAGGCCUUGGAGUUUGGGAAGACCUGACGCGCCGGUAUUUGCGAACUGGUCAUGUCAUGUUCAAAAAUAUCCAUCCUCUGAUUUCAGACAGCCUACCACUUCUGGGAUCGGCUUAUUAUCAUCUCUCUGUGGGCGAGGAACUACGCUCGUUGAAAGACAAGGCUGCCGAGCCGGCGGUGGCUGAUGGGAUUUUGACACCACAGUCUUUUCCAGACUUUAAAUCCCGGCCCCUGGUAUACAAAGCCGUCCGUUACGCCGCAAACUCGUGGCUUGUGCGGACGAAGCUGGGUAUCAGCCACUUUCAACAGUCUCCUGACGUUUACGGCGCCCACGGAUUUUUGGGAGCAUUUGAAUCUGCACUCAUUUUGUCGUGGUGGCUCACGGUAGGCCAGUCGGUGCAAACUCCCCAAGGGCUGGAGAACGACGAUACCAUCCCGGGCAAGGCGUUAAAGGAGGUUUUGACGGAGGUGUUCGGCGAGCUCGAAGAUCAGGAUAUCUUCUGCAAAGACGAGGUCGCUCGUGCGACGGCUCCGCUGAAUUUCUGCCACGGAAGAAAGGUCGAGGUUGCUAGCGUCCUCGGAUAUCGAGCGAACAGCCACUCCAACGCCGACCUCUUUGAGUCCCAAAACAUCUCAAAACAGCUCGCUGAUCCGUACCUAACCAUUAAGAACGUCAUGCCCAAGUGCACAGAAGCUGACUACUAUAUUCCGAGCAUCAGCGUAUCGUUGGAGUAUUUCAAGUACUCAUCUAGCACGGAGCUUCCAACUCCGUUAAUGGAAGCUGAGCUUGAUUACUUUGGUGACCAUAUGGUUGACUUGAAGAGCACGGACCCUGGGAGACCGGUGACUGGUAAAUCAGUACGCUACUCUUCAAUGACUUGA